UGAUCGGAGAUGUUAAUUUGCUCGUUCGGUGUACCGAUUGAUGCCUCGAUCGUUCAGGACACCAUCAAAAGUCCGCCGCCGUCGGAGGCGGUGGUGAUGAAGAAGGCCUCGAUGCUGAGCAUCUGCGCGACCACCUUGUUCUACAUGCUGUGCGGCACCAUGGGCUACGGCGCGUUCGGCGACGAGGCGCCGGGCAACUUGCUCACCGGUUUCGGCUUCUACAACCCCUUCUGGCUCCUCGACAUCGCCAACGCCGCCAUCGUCGUCCACCUCGUCGGCGCCUACCAGGUGUUUUGCCAGCCUCUGUUCUCCUUCAUCGAGAAGUGGACGGCCAAGACGUGGCCGGAGGCUGCCUUCUUCUCCAAGGAGAUCGCGCUGGGCUCCUACAAGCUCAGCCUCUUCCGCCUCUUGUGGCGCUCCGUCUUCGUGGUGGCGACGACCAUCAUCUCGAUGCUCCUCCCCUUCUUCAACGACGUCGUCGGCCUCCUCGGCGCCGUCGGAUUCUGGCCGCUCACCGUCUACUUCCCGGUGGAGAUGUACAUCGCGCAGAAGAAGAUCCCCAGUUGGAGCACAAGGUGGGUGUGCCUGCAACUGCUGAGCUUGGCCUGUUGUGUCAUCUCGGUCGCCGCAGCAAUUGGGUCCAUCGCCGGAAUUUUAACCGAUCUCAAGGUCUAUCGGCCCUUCAGGCCAAACUACUGAAACUAAAUUCCCUCGUCGUCGGCCCACAACUAGACGAAAGUAGAUAAAUCAAGUACCGAACAACCUAGAGCAUAGGAACGAAUCCUACGACCUUACUAAAACUAAAAGAGGCACGUAG